GCCGCUGCGCGCCCCCCGCCGGCUCGGCGAAGGUUCCGGAGCUCGCGCGCGCCCCCCGGCCCGCCCCGCCCCCGCCCCGCCCGCGCCGCCGCUGUCACUCGCCGCCCGGCUCCGGUGCGGACUCCCCUGCAGCGGCAGGUAACUUUGCUGAGAGAUGGCGGAGCAGCGUCAGGACGUCACCAUGAUGGAGGACCACGCAGCUGGCCAGGAGAAGCACAUCCCCUCAGGCUAUCCCCUUCAGAUACCAGUCGAUGAUGGAUCGGAUGAGCCUGUUUCUGAAACAUCUGACGCUAAGAGCACCCCAACUACGGAAGAUGCCACAGCACCUUUAGUGGAGGAAGGAGACCACGAGGAUCAGGGUGGUGUCGAACAGCAUGGGGAGAUCCCGGAAGGAACCACAGCUGAAGAGGCAGGUGUAGGAGCCACUCCCAACCUGGAGGACCACGCUGCAGGAGAUGCUGCUCAAGCUCCAGGGGAGCUGAGCUCUCCAAAGCUACAGCCUGGCCCUCAGGAGCAUGUAGGAGAUGCAAUAAAAAAAGAAAGCCAGCUCACAAAGCAGGUAGCUGGGGUUCUUCAGCAGCCUCUUCUGUCGCGUGAAAUGAAGGCUACAACAGCAGCUCCCACCAGGAUAGAGGUCACCAUCCCAAUACCCUUGGAUAUGUAUGAAGACUCCAGACCAUCUGAAGACAGCAAUGAGUUGUGGGAUCAUCGGGGCAGAGAAGGCAUUGGUGUGGUUCCUGCGCUGGGUCGUGAUGUGUGCACUGAGGGGCUGGCAGGAGCAGGUGGCCCAGAUGACUCCCAUAUUAAAGAUGAGCCAUCUCCUUUAUAUACUAGAGCCCCAUUAAAAGAAGAUGCCAGUAGACAGGAAAGAGAUGAGGACCGUGAUAUUGAUGAAACUUCUGAACAGGAUUUGCUUUCCCUGGUGAGGCAGCAUGUUUCACCAGGACCUGAAAUGGGCUUGCGUCCAGCAACAGCCAAGGAAACUCUUGAAGAAUGUGCCUUUGGAGAGAACGAGUCUAAAGAUGUCCUCAGAGAUGUUCCAAGAGGCGCACUUCUUGUUGAAACUGAAUCACACAAAGCAGGAGAGGACCAAGAGGGGAGGAGACAGUCAUUGGGUGGUAAAGAAGAUACAGCUGUCACCCCGUCAGAGCCUUCUGAAAUCAUCUCCCAGAAAGAAGCUAAGCCUGGGGAAGGAGAAGAUUCUGGACCCUUGCUAGAAACAGCUCAGCUCCCCGCUGAAUUAAAAGAUGAUGUGAAAGACGAAGGUACUCCUUUGGCAGAGGCUGUGCCAGAUACAGGAGAACGUCGAACGCCCAAGAAGAAACCUUGUGCCCAUGUUGCAGAUAAAGCCAUCAGUCGUGUCCCCCUCCUAAAAGGUCGUAUUGACGGCAAAGAAAAGGAAGGGACUGAAGCUGAGGAAAAGAAACCGAAGAAAUCCUCACCUUCCACUGCCAAACCCCCAGGCGAUAGACCCUCCAUCCCCCCCCAACAACACACCUCCUCUAGCACAAUCCCUUCGAAAACACCCUCCAGCCCUGCUUCCACCUCUAAACGAGUCUCUUCUGUCACAUCCCGACCUGCCGGUACAGGAAUGCAAGAAACGAAAGUCAAGGGCCCGGAGAUGAGAGGUGGCACGAAGACAGCCACACCACGGUCUGCGGCAGGGCAGGCUCAGAGGAACUCGACCAAUGCCACGCGCAUACCAGCAAAGACGCCCACGGCCCCCAAGACACCUCCCAGCUCCGGCAGAAAGGAGCAGAAAAAACCACCUCCUGCAGCAGCGAAGUCUGAAAAAGGUGAGCAGCCAAAGUCUGGAGACAGAAGCGGUUACAGCAGUCCCGGCUCCCCCGGGACUCCAGGCAGCCGUUCCCGCACUCCCUCUCUGCCCACCCCACCAGCCAGGGAGCCCAAGAAGGUGGCAGUGGUUCGCACACCACCGAAAUCUCCGGCAUCUGCCAAGAGCCGCAUCCAGCCAUCAGCCGCACCCAUGCCUGAUCUGAAAAAUGUGAAGUCCAAAAUUGGCUCAACUGAAAAUCUGAAGCACCAGCCCGGAGGUGGCAAGGUGCAGAUUAUUAAUAAGAAGCUGGACUUUAGCAGCGUUCAAUCCAAGUGUGGCUCAAAGGAUAAUAUCAAACACAUCCCAGGAGGAGGCAGUGUGCAGAUUGUUAAUAAGAAGUUGGACUUUAGCAGCGUUCAAUCCAGGUGUGGCUCAAAGGAUAAUAUCAAACACAUCCCGGGAGGAGGCAGUGUUCAAAUCGUUUACAAGCCAGUCGACCUGAGCCAUGUGACAUCCAAAUGUGGUUCCCUGGGCAACAUCCAUCACAAACCAGGCGGUGGCCAGGUGGAGGUGAAAUCUGAGAAACUGGACUUCAAAGAUAAGGUGCAAUCAAAAAUCGGGUCCUUAGAUAACAUCAGCCACGUCCCUGGAGGAGGAAAUAAAAAGAUUGAGACUCAUAAGCUGACUUUCCGCGAGAACGCCAAAGCCAAGACCGACCAUGGCGCUGAAAUUGUCUACAAGUCCCCCACCAUCUCCGGAGAUGCCUCCCCGCGCCGCCUUAGCAACGUGUCCUCCACCGGCAGCAUCAAUAUGGUGGACUCCCCCCAGCUCGCCACGCUAGCUGACGAAGUGUCUGCUUCGCUGGCCAAGCAGGGCUUGUGAUCGGGGCAUGACGGGCGAAGAUGAGAGAAGACAAGGGAAAAAAAAAGAAAAGAAACAAAAAUAAUAAUCUGGCCUUCUUCCUCUGUUCCUUUUACAGCUGCUUCCCCAUCCCCUAACUGGUUAAUGAUUUAACCUGCUUUUACUGUUCAUUCAGCUCUAGCUCCAGGACUUCAAAAUCAGUGACACUACGAGGUACAAAACCUCCUCUCCCCCUGCUCCUCGGAGCGCACAGCCCACGCCUGUCCCCCACUCCCUCCCUGUCCCCCUGCGAGGUCCCUCACUGUCCCAGCCCUGCGCCCUGGCGUUCACUGCCCUGGGGAAGCGGGGAGGGGGAUAGAGGGGGCAGCCGCAGCACGAGGCUGACCCGAGCACCCCACACCGCAGCACAGGGCAUGUGUGCAGGAUGUGACCUUCCCAGCUCGUUACCCUGAUGAUGCUGGGCUGGCAGUCUGGCCUGCGGGCAGCACAGGUCCUGGGUGUCACAGCCAGGGGCUGCAGGGAGGUGCCCUCCCUUUCUGCAUUAAAUUUGCCUGCUGAUUUGGAAGAAACCUUUUGUUUUUACCUCCGAAAGCCGAGAUGUGUAUGAAGAUAACUGCCAGGUAUCCCCUAAACCCGGUCUCUCAGCUCCGGCAGCUGGAGUACUGGCGACGCCGGGGUAUCCCAUUGUGGAAGGGGCCCGGGACGGCCGUUCCCCUCUCCGUGGCUGUGCUGGAACCGCUGAGUGGAUGAGUAGAGGCUUUUCCCCAUUCCUUUGGCAGCCCCUCGUGUCGUAGAGUAGAUUUGUCUGUAUAUGCUUGGACCGUGCCAGGGUGAUUGUUUUCAUAAACGAGCAUGUGUUUAAAAAAAUGCUGUAAGUAGUUUUGAGCUGCCCCGUGCCGGCUCCGCCGCAGCCCAGCGCGGGGGGCCUGGGGGGCUUCGCCCAGCUCCGGGUCGUGCCGAUGGGGCAGCCCGGCACCGCAUGUCUGCCGGGCGCAGGGGUGGGCGCAGAGCCCCUGCCCAGCGCAGGGGAGGGCUGGGGGCUGCGGCAGGGCUUCCCGGCUCCGCGGCACCCCUGGGGCACGCACCUCCCAGGGCGUCGCACGAGGGGCACCCGCAGCUCCAGGGCUGGGAUGGCCCCUGGAUUUGGGUGCAGCUUGUGACAUUUUUGGGUUGUUGUUUUUUUUUUUUUCCCCUGCAAGGUCAGCUAAGAGAUCGCGGAAGUGGCGGCUCCAUGGCUCUGCUGUUCCGGUGCCUUUGGCAGCGGUAGGAGACAACCAGGAGGACGCGAGGGGAAGGCGCGAGGGAGGUUUUAGCUGGUGACGGCGGCGGCAGCUCCCCGGCCCGGUCCCGAGCUCCGGAGGCAGCUCCCCGGCGCUGAGCCCCGGUCGCCCUCCGGGGCGGGUUGGCGUUGCCCCUCGCCCUGUCCUCCAAGCCAGCCCCGAGCCGAGUUGAUUCUUUUGCUGCUUUUUAUCCCUAUGGCAGCCUCAGGCGUGAGGGGGGGCCGGGGCUGUGCUGCACCCUUGGCCACCCCCGCGUGCCCUUUCCUUCUGCAACCAAAGAGGCCGAGAUGCCCUUGGUGCAGCUCAGCGUGAUCUCCCCCCCGAGGCACCAGCCCAGCCGUGGGGGUACGGCUGGCGGCGAGGGGUGCCCAGCAGGGCCGCAGACCAUGCACCCCACGGGCUGUGGGGCACGGAGAGCUGCGCUUUCCCAGCAAGGGGCUGAAAUCCUGGCCUGACUGGGCCGGCGGGGGGUCUCAGUGUGGCAGGGGCACUGGUCAUCCCGGGGAUGGCGGCUGGCUGCCACCGAGGCUGUCCUCCCUGGACAGGACCCGCUCCCAGCCUCGGUGGGAGCUGAUGAAGCUGCCACGCUGCUGCAGGAUCCGCCGGGUUUUUCUGUACGGUGCUGGGCACGGGUGACAUGUCCCAUGCCGAGGAGGAUGGUUAAGUCUGGGGGGUGGCGGUUUGGGGGAGGGGGGGUCCCACCUUAUCUCUGCAGCCCCAGGAGCUGCUUUACUGCUGGGGAGAGGCUGCUCCAGCACGAGUGUGAAGAGGCCAAGCGAAAGCCCACGUCCAGCUUGUCACUCGCUCCAUUUCAGUUGCCUCGAUGAUUGUAAGACCCUGUACUCCAGUCUGUGACUAUCUUUGUAUUGGUGUAGGACGCGGGAGCCGCUGUGGUAUUUCUGUCCUCUAAAACUAGCAAGUGGGCGAAGGGCCGAGCACCAGUCACCCCUUUUAACCCUUUUCGGCUGCAGGAUGCGUGUAGCUGAGCUUGCCCGUCUGGCUGUGGCCUGAGCCACCCCCGGCCCCACAGCGUCGCUCCCGAGGGCCACCAGCGCCUCGGGCGAGCUCCAGUGCACAGCCCCUUCCCGCUGCCACUGUCCUUGGCUGAGCCCGCAUCCCCGGCCCCCUCUGCCGCCCUCCCCGGGGGGCUGCCGGGGUCCCAGGACAGCCCUUUCCCUCCGCCGCGUCCCCACCGUCCCCUUCCAGCAGCCCGAGCCACGUCCCCAGCCCUGACCCUGCGUUCAGACCCAGGCCUGAGGGUUUCCAUGAGCAGCUGGACAGACUGACCCAUGGCUUUUCCUUUACUCCACACACAUCUUGGUCUGAAAAGGGUUAAAACCGGCACUGAUUCCAAAAAACCAUGUUUCUGCACUCAAAAAAAAAUAAUGCUUGUUAAAUGAACUUCCAGUUCAGACUGCCGGUGGUGCUGGCAGCCCUGUGCUCCCCGCGGUGCGCUGGGAGGGGAGGGAAGGUUUGAUCUCAGUGUAUCAUUCUAGCUUAGCUGCUGUCUGUGAUGUCCAUAGUGUAUCGUGCGUUUUAACAACUGGUUUACACUGUUGCCGUAAAAGUGAAUUUGGAAAUAAAGUCAUUACUAUGAUA